AUGUUCUACCACAUUCAGCUGGAGCACGAGAUUCAGCUGCACCCGCGGUACUUUGGCCCCAACCUGCUGGACACGGUGAAGAAGAAGCUGUUCAAGGAGGUGGAGGGCACCUGCUCGGGCAAGUACGGCUUCGUCAUCGCCGUGCUCACCAUCGACAGCAUCGGCGACGGGGUGAUCCAGUCGGGGACCGGCUUCGUCACCUACCUCGUCAAGUACAAGGCGAUCGUCUUCCGGCCCUUCAAGGGCGAGGUCCUCGACGCCAUCGUCACGCAGAUCAACAAGGUGGGCAUCUUCACCGAGAUUGGCCCGCUCUCCUGCUUCAUCUCCCGGCACUCCAUUCCCGCCGACAUGGAGUUCGACCCGAACGCCAAUCCGCCGUGCUACAAGACGAAGGACGACGAGAUGAUAAUCAACCAGGACGAUGAGAUUCGCGUGAAGAUAGUGGGCAUUCGCGUCGACGCGACGGACAUCUUUGCGAUUGGUACGCUAAUGGACGACUUUUUGGGCAUUCAGUGA